AGACUCAUGGCCGCGCAGCGUCCAGAUCAAUGUCGCUCCGUGCGCUCCAGCCAGUGCGCCUGUCGGUCCGGGAAUGAGCGCAACGUGCAGCCGCUCCUCUGUGCCGCUCCGCCCGCCUCACCGCCGGGAGGCUGCUGCGAGAGCCGGACCCGGGAUGGGCUCUGUGGCGGCCCUGCGGACCGUCCUGGUGCUGGGCCUGGUGACCGGCUUGGUGGGAUGCGCCCCCGGUUUGAACGGCACAGCGGACCGCUGGGAGGCCCUCUACUCGCGGUCCCUGGCGCGGAUCCCGGGGGAGAAGCGGGAGGAGGUGCGCCGGGACGGCGACUAUCUCGUGGGCAUUAAGAGGUUGCGUCGCCUGUAUUGUAACGUGGGGAUUGGCUUCCACAUCCAGGUGUUACCGGACGGUAGAAUCACGGGAGUACACAAUGAAAAUCGUCACAGUGUGCUGCAGAUCUCUCCGGUGGAGAGAGGAGUGGUGACUCUGCUGGGCGUUCGCAGCAGUCUCUUUGUGGCCAUGAACCGGAGAGGGAAGCUCUACGGAUCUUCACAGUACAACAACGAGUGCAAGUUCAGAGAGAAGCUCCUCGCCAACAACUACAACGCCUACGAGUCGGCGGCCUACCCGAGGAUGUACAUCGGCCUGAGUAAGAACGGCAAAACAAAAAGAGGAAACCGAGUGUCACCCGCCAUGACGGUGACACAUUUCUUGCCAAGAAUCUAGUGGCUUCAUAAAUAGACUUCACCUCGAUAUGGAGACAGAGGGGGGAGGGGCACUUUCACUUCUGCAAGUGUACAACACGUCUUUAGCGCUGUAUAUAUUCAUUUUUUUAUUUAUGUCUAACCAUUUGUAAAGUUAAG